AUGCGUCUGUCUAUCACGCUCCGCGGUGGGUCGCUUUGCAGUCCCUGGUCCGUUCCCCUCCCGAUCGGCCACACAGAAAGUAUACAGGACCCAUAUAUCCACACCACUUUGCCGCUAUCGCGUAUCUACGUAUGUAUCUACGUAUCGCUGUAUCUCGGGAUGAUUAUCUCUGAUUUCUACGGUGGCGGCCAGCUGGUGAUCUGCUUCCCCUUCCCCCCAGCAACCGCCACAGGCAACCCGCAGUGCAGCCCGGGUGGGAAUGCCGAGCUGGACAGCUCCAUCGCGCCAGUGGCCCCGCAGGUGCAGAAGAUAUCUGCAUUGCAAAAGUCCUUCCAAGGUGCCAAUCUGGCCGUUAAGAAUGACCUCCAAAAAGAUUCCCGGGCCAAAAAUAAAAGAUGGCAGGGGGGGGGGGGGGGCGCCAACGAGAGCGCGGGCCGUUUGGCGCUUUCGAGGGAGUCGAUGAACUAUGGACGGGCCAAUCAGCAGGCCGCACGGACAUGGACCUUACGCUAUCUGGCACUUCACUGGCACUCGGACGUCCGCGAUGGGGCCAAGCCGAGUCAGCUCGCACUGACAUCUGACAUUCCACGGUGGGCCUUGGAUCAGUCCUGGAAUAUUCGGGAUGCCCUCCACGGUCCGGCAUCAAAAGAUCAAAGGGUGCCGUCAUCGCUGGGUGCAUGA